AUGAGUUACAGAUUACUUGGGAGGAAGGAAUUCCGAAGGUUAUUCUGCAGACAGACUCGACCACGACUUUGUCACUUAUCGAUUCAGCGACACCACACCAUUCACAACAUUCCUAUGUGGCUGAGAUCCGACGGUGGCUCCAGCGAGAUUGGCAGGUCCAGCUUCAGCAUGUCUUUUGAGAGGCGAACGUGGUCGCUGACUACCUAG